UGUGUUGAACAGGAUAUUCCCAUGCUGCGGACCAGCACCUGUUGCCACUAGUCUCCAGCGAUGGAAAAAGGACAGCUGGGAAUGUUGGCAAAAUCCAAGCAGACAAGCCAGCCUUGGUUCGGUUUCUCUGAUUUCUGAGAGCAAAGUUUCUCUUUUAACGACUAUGGCUGAGGGGGAUGUGUUGCUCUCCAAGGACCCAGAAAGUGCUGAGACAUGGACAGCUGAGGACCCUACAGUUCAAGACCUAGAGCAGCUUUUGAGUACUGGACCAUAUUCUUGUAACCGCACGGAUGAAGUCUGGCCUAACCUCUUCUUAGGAGACCUAGUUACAGCUCACAACAGAUUUGGUUUAUGGAAGAUGGGCAUUACCCAUGUUUUAAACGCUGCCCACGGCACAAUGUUCUGCCAAGGAGGCCAGGACUUUUAUGGCACAACCAUUGAUUACUAUGGCGUACCAGCCUAUGACCUUCCAGACUUCGACAUAAGUCAGUACUUUUUCUCUGCAGCAGAGUUUAUAAAUAAAGCCUUGAACACACCAGGAGCUAAAAUUUUGGUCCACUGUGCAGUUGGAAUAAGCAGGUCAGCUUCGUUGGUGUUGGCGUACCUCAUGAUCAAACAUCACUUUCCCUUGGUCAAAGCCAUCAAAGCAGUGAAGGAACAUCGGUGGAUUUCACCCAAUCGAGGGUUUCUGAAACAGCUGCAAAAUUUGGACAUUCAACUACGGCAAACAAGAGAAUGUUGAUUAGUGAAUAAAUCCAAUAUAUUUCAAAAGCGGCGAGGAGUCCUGUGGCACCUUAUAGACUAACUGAAGUGUAGGAGCAUAAGCUUUCGUGGGCAAAGACGAAAUAUAUUUGCAAUAUAUUUCAAAACGCUUUUUAAGUGUCUUGGAAUAACAUGUCAAUUUCCAUGAACAUUUGGUCUUCAGAAUCAUAACCCUUAUUAAAUGUAUCAACUAACAAUACACGUUGACAAGAAAUAAAAAUACAUACUAGAAGACAAACUCAUGAUAGUAAUAAAUAGUACUUAAAGUGAUUUUUUUUGGUUGAUACCUCAAGCCCUCUAAAAAGAGCACAGAUUUUUCUAACUUAUGCCUCAUCUAUAGUACGAGUAGAACUGAAUCAUUAUAUAUCAGUCCCUGAUAUGUUUACAACAUGGUUCCAUUGUGUAGUCUUACUUAUGCAAUAUGGUUGCAGUACAUCUACAUUAAAAACUAGGAGCAUGCUGGUCCCUGGAUUUGGCUACAACUUCAGUGUACAUGGACCCCUGACUACAUUUAUCUCAUCGUGCUUUCCACUUUCAGUGAUGGUGGCAGCAUCUCAGAUGUCCAUCCAAUACAAAUACACCCCUCUACAUUUCAGUAGCUUUCGGCAUUCACUGCUCUUUUUAGAGAAUAUAGUGAGUGCCCGUGCAAGAUUCUUGAUGGCCUCAUGCGAACUAUCAGUGGAUUAAUUACAAAAGAGGGAGGAACAGGGAAGACAUCCUGAC